CUGUGAGCAUCAGGCUGAAGGUCAGCUGUAAAGGAGCUGUGAUCAGGCUGCUUCCAGAACCCAGCUGGAGACACCUGAGCUGCUUCUGUCCAAUCAGAUGGAGGCGGUCUGGACAUCUUUCUGUAGUAGAGCAACAUAGAGAUCUCAUGUGAAAUAAACAACAUUUAAUCAUUUAAACUUUUCCCCCAAUUGGAGUUAUUUUUAUGGCAGCCCCUCUGCUCCUCUAACCCCGCCCUCGCCGCCGCCUCUAACCCCGCCCUCGCCGCCGCCCAGCAGACUGAGCCGGUCGGAGCCAUGAAAGCAGCAGAAGAAGGCGAGGAGUCUGGAGGAACCCGGAGGAGGAUUCCCAAACUGAAGAUCCCUGCAAAGAUCUGGAACAACCGCAAAGCCAAGAACCAGGAUGGAGAGGAGCAGCUGGACGGUGUGCAGCAGGAGGAGGAACAACACGAGGAGCAGCUGGAUGAGGUCACCAGGAGGCUGAUCUUCAGGGAGGAGGAGCUCUUCAGCCAGGACGCUCCCAGUGAGGAGGAAGAAGACCAGCUGCAGAAAGACUUUGAAUCUCUGAGUGUGCAGAUCUGGAUGGCUGUCCAUGACACCUUCUCCCCUUCAGCUCCCUCUGGGGAGGUGCUGAGGAAUGCCGUGGACUCCAUCCAGCAGCAGGAGAAGCAGGACCAGCGCUGGAGAGAGCGUCCGAAGGAGAAGGUCCCCGUUUGGAGGCCUCAGAGGUGGCUGAGUUCUCACCACAAGCUGCUGCAGAAGAUGGUGGAGGUCCGACUGUCAGAGGCUGCAGAGAGCGACUCAGCAGACACCCAGCAGCUGUCCUCUGACGUCAAGAGGCAGGUGUGCCGUAUGGGGAAGCGACUGAAGGAGGACCUCCUGAUGGUGGCCAGGAAGGUGAAGGACUGUUACCCUGUGACCAUGGACAUCCUGAACGUCUACGGCGCCCUCUACCAUCAGACCUUCUCUGCCCGGCUGGCUGCGCUGACGGCCGCCGGCCUGGACAUCGACGACUGCAGCUACGUCCUGUUUUGGGUCAACCACUACUAUCCUGAGGAGAUACUGAAACACCCAGACCUGGAGGGGCAGAUAAAGACGCCCUGCUUGGGUUCUCUGCUGCUGCAGGACAACCUGAGGGCUCUGGAGGAGCAAUACCUUCUCCACAAAGAGGAGAAGAUCCAGCUGUGGCUCAACACGCUUCUGAAGAAGGAGGAGGAGAGCUGGCUGGGCGACAAACACCCAGAACUCAUCGACAGUUAUUACUUCAGCCCGCUGGCCAUCGACAUCAUACAGACACCCGCCGGUUCUAUAGUUGCCCGCCGGCUCUAUGGACGCCCGCCGGCUCUAUGGACGCCCGCCGGCUCUAUGGACGCCCGCCGGCUCUAUAGACGCCCGCCGGCUCUAUGGACGCCCGCUGGCUCUAUAGACGCCCGCUGGUUCUAUAGACACCCGCUGGCUCUAUAG